AUGGCUUGGCAAACACGACGUCCACAUCACUGGAGCAGCGAAGGGCAACCGCCGUGCAGACAAGAUCUUCGACCAUGGUCCGAAGAAGGUAUGGCCGUUUGCUCCUACUUCUAUGAAGCAAUGCCAGAGGGCACAUCGGUAGAACGUCUGGAGCGUUUUGAGAGCCAGGCGAGCUACCUGCCCUUCGCAGCCUACCGCCAAGCUGUGGCUGCCGAGCUUCAAAAAGAUGUGGAGCACGUGGAGUUGUGGCUCUUCCACGGCACGGAGCCGCGGCGAGAUCCGAUGAUAUCCGAUGAUGCUGUGAACGCUGUCUUGGACAACGGAUUCCGCAUCAGCCAUGCAAACCUGGAUGUACGACACAACCGCUAUGGUGUAGGAGUAUACUUCGCCCGCGACCCCCGGCUUGCGCACUACUUUGCCCAGAUGAGCAGCGUGUUACAUCGUGUUGCAUUGCCCAGAAAGAACUGCCCGACUGAGGUGAUCUUGGCGCGCGUGGUGGUGGGUCGUUGUGCUACAAAGGCUGCUGUCAAAGAGCAAAGGCAACUCCUCCGUCCGGAGCACCGUGAGCCACCCACAGGCUUCCACUCUUGCACCAGUGAUUCUUUGCCUGGCCGCGAAGUGAUCGUCUUUCCGGGGAGCCCUGGCACACCAGCAUAUCCGGCAUACGUGAUCACUUACAAGUGCAGCUCAGCGCCCAACAAUCCAUACCGUGAUCCUGAUCUUCUCCGUGUCGACUUUGAAGAUCGUGGCGGCGCGAAUAUUUUUCAACGAUACAGGGCGCAUUUUCGAAAAUGCUUGAAUUUUCCAAAAGCUGCAAAUACUCCAGUCACCCGUAGAAGUUCCUUUCCAACUGAGCUGGAAAAACUGGAGGUCCGAAGGGAGCGCCCAUCUACGUGUUCUCAGCGCUACCGACAUGCAGAGUCCAAGAUGGAUGGCCCUGCCAAAGCGACAGAUGGUGGGAAGCAUACGGCAGAUCGCAGUGCGAGGUCGGCACCCAAUACGCCACGUUUGACGCAGAGCCACUUGGCCAAGAAAAAUGCCAAACACAAAGAGGCUGGUGGCAAACCUGGAGUACCCAGAACAAGACGAGGUCGAAGAGCCUCAUCCCCAGCAGUUCCGCAACAGGAUGUCUCGGUUCAGGACGAACCACGUGCUGCUUCAGCGGGACAAGAAGUGCCAGUGAGGACGUUGUGGAUUUUUGACGCAGAGCACGCCGACUCAGGCCAGUCAGAUGUCAGAUUGGAGGAUCCACAGUCGAGCAAACCCGAGCCAGAGGAGCCACUGCCUUUGAGUUGUCAAGCCCGGCGAAGGUCAGGAUUUGCUUUAUCAGAAGCUGUGACUUGGAGAGCAGCAGCCCCUCUACCUGUUGUGGCUUGCCGCUUGGCAGCUGCAACCGUUCCUGAUAGAACUGCCGUCAUGGCCCUGGGUGGGGCAGAUGCCUUGGGCUUCUCCCUUGAUGCUGCGCACAUCUUUGAGAACUCCAAGUGGACGGCCUUGCCACCUUUACCCAGCGGUCGGCAAGCGCUGGCAGCUGCGAGUCUGGUGGGUGGAGUUUGUGCCCUGGGAGGUCGAAGCAACAGCAGCUGUGGCAGCGCAACGGUCGCUGCUGAUUUCUUUGAUCUGGGUGCCGAAAGGUGGCUGGAUCUUCCUCCUUUGAUUGUGCCACGCGCAUUCCACGCUGCUGCCGCAUUGGAUGGUAAGAUCUAUGUUUUGGGAGGUAUGGAUGCUGAUGGUCGGCGAUUGGCCAGCGUUGAUUGGCUUGACCCUCGCGAAGGUCGCUGGCAAAGUGCUCCCAGCCUACUGAGCCCACGGAGUGCACUAGCAGCCUGCGCCCUGAACGGUUUAUAUGCUGUGGGGGGCUUGGACCUCAAUGGAGCUACGCCACGAACCGAGUAUCUGAAUGUGCGACUCGGGGCUUGGAUUUCGAUGCCUUCAAUGCCAACUGCCAGAGGAGGUUUGGCGGCCAGUUCAUUUGGAGGUCCUCACGGUGUGCUUGUUGCCAUUGGUGGUCGGCGAGGUGCUGGUCUCAGUGCAGUGGAGCGUUUCCUUCCACGGAGUGCGUCUUGGUCUUCGAUAGCACCGCUCCCACUGGCACGCAGCGCUUUAGCGGCGGCACCGCUUGAUGAGCAGAGCUUGUUGGUGAUGGGGGGACUUGCUGAUACGGCAGGUGCCCUCAGCACAGUGGAACGCUUCGAGUUGCGUCAAAGAAUGACCUAGAGGUCAUCAUGGGUUGCAGGGUGUCACAAGAUUAGUGAGGAUGCGAGGAACGCUCCAUCUUCCAGACUACAUGGUGGCCUCGCAUGGCAAGCUCAAAUGAAGAGAGCGGUCAUGAAAAGGUAGCAGUGUGGUAGCAGCACUUGUGGUCCUGUGGUCAUUCCAUCGGACCCCAGGUUGCUGCCGUUUGGCAAUCAGAGCAGCUACAAGAUGCUACAAGGCCCUCUCGGUGCAAGCCAUUCCAAGGACGACAAAGGGACCUUCUGUCGCCCUGGCUGUGCAAGCCUGGUGGGCUGUCCCAAUGUGCCUCGCGUUGAUGUGACACGG